CCUUAUCUCGAGCCAAUGUUCGAGCAAUGUUCUGUUCUUUUUUCUUAUAUAUAUAUAUAUACAUAUAUUUAUAUAUUUGCCCUAUUUUUUUUUUCUCUCCCCUCUCUCCCCAUUUCACGCAUCGCACAGUUGAGGCGCGAUAUGAUCGAUCAAAAAGAAGGAGAGAUUAAUUUUGCGAUCAAAAUUCACUACGAUAACAUGAAACGCGUCACGAUUAGACGUCACAAUUAUUUUUAUAAAUCGAUAGAAGGAACGCCAUUUUCAUUGGGAUUAGCGUUGCCCGAAGGUUACGGUAUGUUUGAAUUGUUGGCCGAACAAGAAAUCAAACAUGCUAUAAUAAACGUGACCGAGUAUUUCAAGGGGAACAAUUGGAAGGUACAUCCUGACUGGGUGUAUUGCGAAUACAGUUCGGCUUCCGAAAAAUGGUUCCCAUCCCCGGAAGAACGCGUUCUACAUUUCUUGACGCGAACGCGAAGUCCGGGAUGGAAAUGGAUGUCCUUGAGGCCAAGGAGUCCAAGCUCGCAUCACAAACAAGCGAGCAAACCCGACAAAGAUGCUUAUUACUGUGAUAAGAAAUUAGUGCAAUCCCUAGUGUUGGACGCGUUGGUCACCGAUGGUUUCAACAAAAGAGGUGCGAUGCACAAAGAAGAAAAUCAAAAGUAAGUGGUUUGCGUAAGUGGAAAUCGCGGAUGCAUGUCCUCCGGUGCGCGGAUACUUACACACAUAUAUAUAUAUAUAUAUAUAGAGUGGAAAUAUAUAUUGACAACGCACCGCAAUGCACAAGCAAGCACGCGGUUCUUUUUUUUCACGCACUGAUUGUCGAACAACAUAUGUAUAUUAUUGGAUAUGAUAAAACCGCUGCCUCUGACUUUUCCCCUGCCGUUGAUUCGCAUAGUCGUGUUGCGAACGAAAUUCAUCGUGUCGAUCGAAUCGAAUACGAAUAUGAAAGAAACGAUGAAAC